UCGGAGCAGCCAGAAGAAGAAGCAAAAGUAAGGCAGGAGGACUGGAGCAAACCCCAGCAGCAGUCUCAGCCUCGUGCUUCAUCCUGGGCACUUCUCCUCCUCCUGUCCGCUCUCGACAAAAUUGUGACAAUAUUUUUUUUCUAAUCUGUAUUAUUUAGCCACAAAAAAACACAAAAGGAAAGUGGAAGGGGGGGAGAAGGGGCCCGAGUCAUGGAGCUUUAUUGCUUGGAGUCGGACAUAGUCGUGAGAGCCCCGCUUGACCCAAACAUCCUCAAUGAUGACAGAGUGUUGCAAAGUUUAUUAACUAUUGAGGACAGGUUUUUACCGCAAUGCUCGUAUUUCCAGCGGGUCCAGAAGGAUAUUCAGCCCUAUAUGAGACGAAUGGUUGCAGGUUGGAUGCACGAGGUGUGCGAGGAGGAGAAGACCAAUGAGUACGUCUUCCCCUUAGCUAUUAAUUAUUUGGACAGAUAUUUAGCAGUGGUUCCCACAAGAAAGAGUUAUUUACAGCUUUUGGGAGCUGUGUGCAUAUUCCUGUCCUCCAAAUUAAAGGACUGCAGGCCGCUAUCUGCAGAAAAACUUUGCGUGUACACGGACAACUCCAUCUCACCACGAGAACUGCUGGACUGGGAGCUGGUCGUACUGGGCAAGUUGAAGUGGAACAUUGCCUCAGUCAUCCCCAAUGAUUUUAUAGAGCACAUCAUACGCAGGCUGCCCCUUCCCAAAGAAAAGCUGGCGAUAAUCCGCAAACACUCAGAGACAUUCAUUGCCCUGUGUGCCACAGAUGACCGCCUUGCCAUGAACCCUCCUUCCAUGAUUGCCACCGGCAGCAUGGGAGCUGCUGUCUGCGGCCUGCAACUGGCCCAAAGCGACCCGAGGCUGAGUCGAGACAACCUGACAGACCUGCUGGCCAAGAUCACCAACACAGAGGUGGACUGUUUGAGGGCGUGCCAGGAGCAAAUAGAGCGCGUGCUGACCACCAGCCUGCAGCAGGGCCAGCAGUACCGGCAGGAGAGCGGCAUCAGAGCAGGCCACAAGGCCAGGGAGCAGCAAGACCAGUCCAGCACCCCCACAGAUGUUCGCGACGUCAAUUUAUGAACUCCACCUGACAAACGCACACGCACUCACACCACUCAUGCCUGUGUACCGGUGAACUGACAGGAGCGAGGGACGCAUGAUCUGCCAGUAUCUACGUCAAAGCGCCACAUGAGCGAUGGUGUGAUGAUCAAUGAACUUAUAGAAAUUAUUAAAUUCCUAGUUUUUCUCCUUUUUCUGCCCCAGUUGUACCUGGUGUGCUUUUCACCUUUUGUCAGGCCAUAUAUAACCAAACAAGCUAUUUAAGAAAAAAAAAAAAAUGAAAAUCUUGAAAACUUGAUAGUGCCUUAGGUUUCCCAGAAUGGAAACCUGAAUAUAUUUUCAUACUUGAAAAAAAAAAAACAGCAUAAUUAUAUGCAAUAUACUUAUUUUUUUGAUACAACCUAGUAAAAAUAAAUGAUAAAUAUUGCAUAUCUACCUAGAAUUUAGUUAUGUUAGUCUUUUAUCAUCUUAUAGUGAGCAGUUUCAGUUAUGAUGGGUUUUCUUCCCCUGUGCAGGGAAACUCCCAUAGUCUUGUUUUAAAUGCUGAUAAUACUGUACAUGGCAUUUAGACUGCAGAUAUCCAAUCAGAGGAGCUCUCUCUAUCUAUCAUACUGUGCACCUGUAGCACUGCUUUCUAUUUAUGCUGAAUAGCUAGCCGGGAGUGGGCUGGGCCUGCUCACAGAGGAAGGACACGAGGGGCUUUGAGUCUGGAGCAGUGGCUACUGUUAAAGGUUAAAACAGAGGUCAGUUAUUAAGGAUUUCACUGGCUAAUCCCCAGACCAGUACAGUAGGUUAUUAUAUGUAUGUUAAUUCAGCGAGGCUACAUUGUUAUUCUUAGUCUAGCUCCUACACGUUGGAGAGUUUACUAGAUGGUUUGUGGGGGAUUUUAACCUUAGCUAGGUCGUACUGAUUUUACUCGAGGAAAGUUAGAUUUAGAAAGUUUUAUAGAGAAGGAAAUGGAUGCAGGUUGAAGGAAGUUUUUUUAGAAAAGUAACGCAUGUGGAAGGAAAGAGGAUGCUAGAAGUCUAGAUUGAUGAAUAAUGGCGACUCGGCGAGAAGAACUUAAGCUAUGUCAGGUUUCUGCAGUUGAACGAGUGACACACAGUAUGUGGAAAAACCCUGGUGAUGUCUGGUUUGGGGGGGGAGAAAUAAGUCUUGCUCCAGAUUCUCCUUUUAGAAAUUUCACCAUUAACGUAUUUUGAGAGUGGGCGACUUGGAAAAAUAUUGAUGCACUUUUAAAGACACACUCCUUGGGUAUGGUAGGGGGAGGGUGGUUGAGGAGAGUUCAAUUAGUUGUUAGGGUUUUUUUUUUUUUCCUUUUAAGUUAUUUUUUUUUUUUUUUCUGGGCUGGAUUCCCAUGGGGUAACGCACAUUGUCUUGAAAGCUACUCCCCCGACAGGUGAGUAGACAUUGGAUAAUCUGUGUAAUAGUUUAUAUUAUAAUUAGUAUAAACUAAAAAAAGCCAAGUCACUUGUAGACUUCUUUUUUUUUUAUUAUUUGCAUUUAUUUAACCUUACUUGAAUUUAUGUUAAUUCAUAGCCAAACCUUCCAAUAGUUCUUACAAAGAUUUACACGCAUUGUUUCCUAAAUAUUCUUUCUUUUUCUCUUUUUAUGUAAACCUCUCUCUGAACUGAAGUUGUACAGUGACAUGGGAAGGUAGGGGUUUAAAUGGUGUUAGGGUUUUGUCGAUAUUUAACCAAUUUCCCCAUGAGCACAAAUGCUAAAAACUCCCCCUUACAUUUUAGAAAAGGAGGUUGUUUCUGAAUUCUAUUCAUGCAUGUUCUGUUGUGCAACAAGCCAAAUGUUUUUUUCCAAAAAAAGCAGCUUUAAACUGAAAAAUGUUUUCUAAAGGACUUGUGUAUCAUUUGAAAGAGAUAAUUCCAAAGUGAGAAAACUAUAUUAUACACAUCAUUCUCUUGCUGCUAUGAAGCUUUUCUUUUGUAGUCUUACACAAAGAUGCCUUAUUGUGAUUCACUUGUGUGCUGCUAUAUUUUAAGUGUAUAUGUAACAAGUCUUCUUUGCUUUUCUGUUGUAUGUGUACUGGAGGAAACGUAACACAGUUUGGUGCGGGACUGGAAGUACUUGUUUUUGCCGAUCUUUUUUGAUUAGCAUGUUUUAUCCUUUUUUGUUUUCAUUUGUAUCUUUAUACUCUACCAUAUUCUUGCUGCUUCUUUGUUAUGUUUGUGUACCUCAGGUUAAUUUGGACAGAUAGAGCGAGAGACCAUCUCGCAUUACCUCAUCAAACUUUACAACUCAAACGUUGUUUUCACUCUGAAUUUGUUGACGGGUUUAAGUUGAUAAGAACAGUGCAUCUUCUCUUUCAAUAAUAAAAAAAAAUGUCUGACCCUAGAUUCCACUGAACAGUUAUAAAGGCCUGUACUUUAAAAUAGGUUGUUUCAUGUAAGUACAAAAUAUAUAUACUGUAAUUUAUACAUGUAUUUGAAAGAAAAAAAGUAUUGUUUAUUCUUGAGGUACCCAUUCAGUCUCUGUUAAAACCACAAGAAUGUUUUAUCAUUGUGUGGUUGUUUUUCCAAACUCCUCCCCCACUGUCCCCAUGUUCAACCACACAGUGUACCUCAACAAUUUCUCAUCAAUAAAUUGGCUAAAAUCA